CCACCUUCUAAAUCAGACACGGAGCUGUCUGGAUUUAGGUUACCGUGACAAUAAUCUGCUUUGCUACCGUGAAAGCAGGCCCUAGCGUGCGCGAGCCAAGAAGACGAAGAAGGAGACGCACCGAUGGGGAACACCAAGAGCAGCACGUUGUCCAAGGAACUCCUGGAAGAGCUGAAAUCCAACACCAAGUACUCCGAAGCUGAGCUGUGCACAUGGUAUCAGUCCUUCAUCCGGGAAUGUCCCAGCGGGAAGAUCAGCAAAGCGCAGUUUGAAGGCAUUUACGCCAGCUUUUUCCCGGAUGCUGACCCUACCGCCUAUGCCCGCCACGUCUUCCGGAGCUUUGAUACCAAUGCCGACGGAACUCUGGAUUUUAAGGAGUACAUUGUGGCACUUCAUCUCACCUCGGGGGGGAAGACCCGUCAGAAGCUGGAGUGGGCCUUCGCUCUCUAUGACGUUGACGGCAACGGGACCAUCAGCAAGAAUGAGAUCCUGGAGAUCGUCAGGUCGAUCUUCAACAUGAUCCCAGCUGAUGACCAGGAGAAUCUUGCCGAGGAUGAGAACACGCCAGAGAAGCGAGCGGAGAAGGUCUGGUGCUUCUUCGGCAAGAAGGAGAACGACAAAAUCUCGGAGGGAGAGUUCAUCCAGGGCGUGAUGGACAAUCAGAAUAUCUUGCGACUCAUCCAGUAUGAUGAACCUCAGAAGAUUAAAGACAAGCUGAAGGAAAAGAAACAAUAGCGGCAAUAAACAGACUCUUGACGGUUUGCUUUUUUGUUACCGUGGCAACCACGCAGGAAGUGUCUCGCGACAACUAAUUGUGGAAAAAACAAAAACAAAUCAAAAAUGUCAUCGAUGUGUAGUUUGGCACUCAUGGGUUUUUUUCCUUAUCCUUCAUUACUCCCUUUCACACCAUCUCCUGGCAUCUUGGUGUCAUAGAACUAUGUUGAAGUGAGUUGAGGCGUUUCAUACAGACAUACCAUUACAUUUGACUGUCAAGUUAACUACAUCGUCCGCUAUAUACAAAUCGCUUGAUUCUUUUCUGCGGUAGGGAAAGAGUGGAAUGAUUCCAAAUACAGCAACAGUGAUCUGAAUCAUUCACUAAUUUCCGACUCCCUAAUUGAGAUUUUAUCGGGAUUCUACGGGGAUUUUGAUAUUGCGAAUCUACACAGUUCACACUUCACAAAAUUUAUUGUGUACUGAGUAGGGAGCAGCAAAUGAGCGAAUGAUUGCAAACACAUCUUUCACGAAGCUGAACUCAAGGCAUGCUAUUAGCAGAUGCUAAGGAAGUUAGCGCUGCCUUGGGUUCUCAGCUCUGUGCCUAAGCAGGAGUUUCACGGCAAUAAGAUGUAAAUAAUUGGCGGCACGCUAAUGCUAAGCUGUUUAAAUCAGUUUAAGUAUGAUGUUGAUGGGAGGUGGGGGUGGAUGGGUCAGGUUAAGCGCUUUAAUCCUAUCACGAGCUGGAGGUCGAUGCCAAAUGACCCAACUAGCAAUACAAUCACAAUAACUGCAGCUUCUAACCCAGCACACAUUUGAGGGUUACAUUUGCGACAAUCUUACAAAGCAAACGGCUUGACUACAGGCGAUUUGGUAGUUUGACCCUUCCAACACACUUUUUAAAGGAGAAUUGUCCAAUCGUGAUCUCGGAAAGCAUCAAAUUGAGCACUACUUGCUAUCCGUCCAACAUAUGGGAGCAUUGAUAUUGUACUUUCCUCUGAGAACAUUGAUUUGUUUUGUGAAUAUGUUGCUGAUGAGACUUUUAUGUGUCUUUUUAUAUAUUUUUGUAUGUCAUGUUGUAUUGUUUUAUCUCGAGUCUGUAAUAAGUUUUUAUCACUUUUAAAAGUUUUAUUGAGUGUUAUUACUAAUAAUAUAGUUUUGGGGAAAAGGGCAAGAGAUACCGUGUAGACGCAUGACUAAUAUUUUAAAUCUGUGUUUUAUUCGAUAAACUACAUAACUCCCAAAUUACAAAUUGGAAUAUUGCCUUUUUGUAGCGGCAAAAAAGCCCCACUUUUGUCUCAUUAAGCUUCUUAAUUCACUUCAAUAUAGUCCUCAGCAGCAAGGAACAGAUUAGAUUUGUUCAAUGAAUAACAGAGGAUCGGUUCGUGCUGUCCUUCAUUUCAUAAAAAGAAGGCAAGUGCAUGCUACACUUUCCAAAAACAAAAAUAUUAAGUCUGUCAAUGUUUCAUUUUUGAAUGCCAUUAAACCUGUUCCUGUUUACACUGAAAACAAGCAGUUAGUUUCGCAUUUUGUGACAUUAGUGGCCCACGUUUGAAACGGAACCUGUCAACUUAAAAUCAAUGUGUGUAGCCAACUGUGAUUUUGGGCGAAAUUUUACACCUGAAGCUACGUAAGCAAGUGUAGCAAAAACUGUUCCUUGGCUGACACGUUUUUGUGAAUUUGGUUUCAGAUUCACGGCUGUAGAUUAGCACGGCAGAAGAAAUGAUUGAAGAGUAAUUCCAGAUACGAGCAAAAUGAGGGGAUUUACUUUAGAAUGCUGUGGGGGGUUUUUUUGAAGUUCACUCAAUAAAUGACUGAAACAAUCACAUUGCACUUGCCACUAAAACUAAAUUUCCCUUGUGCAUGAAUAAACCAUUUUGAACGACACGA